AUUUCUUGCUGUUACUAUUUAUUUUUCAUAAAUGAUAAAUCCCAUCUUCGUCCUCUCUCUCUCUCUCUCUCUCUCUCUAUGAAUUUUCUCUGUAACUGAUUCUCUCUCUCUCUCUCUCUCUCUCUCUCUCUCUCUCUCUCUCUCUCUCUACCCCAUUACUCAAACAUUGUUUUUUUGGAUGUGAAGAAAUUGGGCUGCACAAAAGUUGAAGAAAGUUUCGGAAAAAAUGGCUGUUGCGGGAUUGAACAACGCACCCGCUUUCAGUGGUCCAUCGUUCCUGCAAAUGUGGAAGGAUCUCGAGGGCGAGCACAUGGCGAAUCAGUAUCGGUCGAGGGAUGACGUCAUCUCACAAUACUCUUACGAAAACGAAGACAACAACAGUAUCGUGUCGGAACAUUCUAGCGACGUGGGCGGUGAGGUUGAAGGUGAAAAAGUGAGAAGAACUUCUCGAGAAUGGAUGAAAAGUAGCGGGCCCCACGCAAACAGCGAACUGAAUGUAAAAAGAGAAUGGCUCGGUGAGAAUGAAUGCGAGCGGGUUAGGAUUAUCCGAGAGUGGGUACAAAUGACUACUACUACCACUACACAGCAGAGGAAUAAUAAUUGCGGUUCGCAAAUCGAACAAGUGCGCGACGGUUUAGUUAUUACUAAUCAAGAAACUGGAUUACGGAGGCCGAUUCGAAGAAUAUGUGGUAGACAGACUCUUCUUGAUCUUCUCGUGAGGGCUCAAAGUGAGAGAAAAACCGAACUUUUAGCUUUGUCGGAGAAAAGGCCCGUGUCGGAUUUUGCUCAUCGAAAUCGAAUUCAGGCACUGCUUAGAGGUAGGUUCUUGAGAAACGAAAGAUUGGUUCUUGCUGAAAGACCGUCUUCGGUGGCUGUGACUGAACUCGGUUUGCUGAAGCAAAGAACAGUUUCCGAUCUCAGGGAAGGAUUUCAGUCCAAAUUGGACAGUUCUACCCCCACCUCGACGAACAGUACCGAGUUCGACUUUUCUACCAGUGAUGGGGAUAACGGUGAAUCGGAGUCAAUAAUAUGCAGGGAAGACGAGGUUUCUGAGAUGUAUACAGCAGCGUUGGAUUCGGGAAGAAGUGGGGCCCACGAGAGCACGAACACGCAAGAACUUGAAGUACAAGUAACCGAAGCAGAGGAUCCUGCUUCGGACAACGAUAAUAUCAGCGAGCAAGAUUUGUCCGUCAGAGAAGAUACAGUUUCGGAAACUGAAUCCAUACACAACCACGUCACUAUAACUAACGAUUCGUUGUUAGUUUUGGUCACGGAUUCGCCUGAAGAAUUUAAUGAUGAAAUUUAUAUUCGUGAAGAAGACGAUCGUAUUAUUGAAGAGCAAUAUAAUACGGAAGAAGAAUUAAACGAGGACUGGCCGAGCAAUGUUUUGCAAGAGGCUAUAGAUAGUUGGCUAGAUAUGCCUUCUGCAGACGUUGGCAGAUUCGAUAAUACGCUUUAUUUCCCCGACGAUGAUAAUAUUCGUACCAUCGAACUUAGAGAAAUUUUCAGCCGGAGAAGGGUUUCGAGUCUUCUUCAAAGCGGUUUUCGGGAGAGUUUAAAUCAGGUGCUGCAGUCCCACGCAGAAAGGCUGGGCCAUGUUAAUGGUGAUAAUUGGGAAAUUACGGAUAACGCGUCUUCUUUUCCUAAUUUAAUCGAGGAAAAUCGACAUCGAAUUAACCGUGAUCAAUCUAACAAUGUUGCCGAGAGAAAUUUAUUUAACCCCUCUUCGACUCAUUUUGAGGAGUUUGGCAGUGCUAUCUGGACACCCCGGAUCUCGAAUCAACAAUUUGAAACGGAUUGGGAGGUGAUAAACGAGUUGAGGGUUGACAUGGCUAGGCUUCAGCAAAGGAUGGAUGAUAUGCAGAGCAUGCUUGAAGCAUGCAUGGACAUGCAAGUCGAGCUGCAGCGUUCGGUUCGACAAGAGGUUUCCGCCGCUUUAAAUCGGCCUAUUUUUGCACAAGAUAAUGCGUCCGAGGAGAAUCGGGUUCGUGACGAAUCAUCUCAGUGGGACCACGUGAGGAAGGGAGUUUGCUGCCUAUGCCAGGACAGUAAAAUCGAUUCAUUGCUUUACAGAUGCGGGCACAUGUGCACCUGUUCGAAAUGCGCGGAGAAAUUGGUCGAAAGGAUGGGUAAUUGUCCAAUGUGCCACGCCCCAGCAGUUGAGGCGGUCCGAGCGUAUUUCAUUCACUAAUACGAAAAAACGAGGAUGCUUUUUUGCGUGUGUGUAUAUAUAUAAUAUAUGUAUCGUAUGUAUGUGCAGCCGAACACUUUUUGGGCACAAUGGCGAGAUGAGUGUUGUGAAUGCUGGAAUUUGAUACUAACCAACUGAUUUUAUCUAACUGAGAGUCACUAUAUUGGCUAAUAGGUGAUGGUUUUUUUAUUUUUUAUUUUUUUAUAUGUCUGUGAAUAAUGACAGUUUGAAAACAUUAGCAAAUAGAAGGUUUGAUGAAUUAAUUAACAUGAAUUUCUUAA